AUGCGUGCGCGCGGUGACUGCAUUGGGCAUGCGGACUACUUGUGGACGUUACGCCUUGACUCCGAAGGCCGGGUCCACCUACUCCGCACCUUCCAGGACCCUCUCGCGCUCCAAACAUGGUUCACGGCCAUGCUGGCUCCAUCGACCUCGGCGCUCGCGCAUCCUACUCUGUUCAACGCAAGACGGGCGGGCCUGCGCCUUGGCCAUCCAAAACAGUCUAGGUGA